CAGAGUGCACGUAUCUGGUACCAAAAAUAUAAAUUCUAUUGGGCAUUAGAAGUCAAUUCCCAUUUUUCAUAUCAUAUGAUGUUAUGUGAUUUACCCAUUUGCUUGAAGCAUGCUGCUUCAUUUAGUUGUUACCUAUACAAAUAAAAAAAAAAAAAAAAACUCUUAAUCUUUUGAUUUUCAUUGGUUGAGGGUCUAUUCACAAAUUCAUCUUUGUUGUCCAAGUGAAGGUGAUUGUCCAAUUUUCCAUCCAAUUUCUUGGGAAGAGAGUGGGUAAACAAAUUCCAUUAUUUAUGUCAAAUAUACCUGUUAUGGCCAAAGUUCUUUUCUUUAUGUGUUGAAGUGUUGAACGAGGACAGGAAAGAUGACCCUUCUGAUGUUAUUUUCUGGAAUAAGGAACGCUCUUGCAAAAGAUGAACUGGGCCUGGAAAUAAUGCAGAUUUCACUCCCUACCACUCUGGCUUUAGCAGCAGAUCCUAUUGCUUCUCUGAUUGAUACUGCAUUCAUCGGCCACAUAGGUCCUGUGGAGCUUGCUGCUGUGGGAGUAUCAAUUGCUAUUUUCAAUCAAGUCUCGAAAAUUGCAAUAAUUCCACUUGUUAGUGUUACUACCUCUUUGGUUGCUGAGGAAGAUGCUGCCGAUAAAUUACAAACUCAACCAUCAGAGAAAGAAAUGCUGAUCAAGGUCUCUCCGGUUAAUGAGGAAAUAAAGUUGGAAGUAGAAGAACAGACAAACGAAGCUGAUCCUGAAUGCAGCUCAUCACCAUCAAAUAUUGAAAUAGUAGCUAAACUUGGCCAUGACAAAAGCUACAUUCCAUCAGCUUCAUCAGCAAUAGUUAUUGGCGGUGUGCUUGGGGUUUUACAAACUCUCUUUCUCAUUUUUACUGCUAGACCGAUCUUGAAUUACAUGGGCCUUGAUUCUAAUUCUCCUAUGUUAAAACCAGCACAACAAUACUUGAUACUGAGGUCAUUUGGUGCACCAGCUGUUAUUCUUUCUAUGGCAAUCCAAGGCGUUUUUCGGGGAAUCAAAGAUACAAGAACUCCUUUAUAUGCCACAAUCAUGGGAGAUGUAACAAAUAUCAUUUUAGAUCCAAUACUUAUGUUCAUUUUCCGGUUGGGAGUCAGUGGGGCAGCCAUUGCCCACAUUAUUUCGCAGUACUUGAUUUCCUUAAUGCUAUUGUGGAGCUUAAUGAAACAAGUUGUUCUCCUGCCUCCGAGUAUCCGAGACUUUCAAUUUGAGAAGAUUCUGAAAAACGGGUUUUUGUUAUUGGUCAAAGUUGCAGCUGUGACAUUCUGUGUGACCUUAUCAGCAUCCCUAGCAGCAAGGCAAGGACCUACAACAAUGGCUGCUUUUCAAAUAUGCUUACAGAUUUGGAUGGCAACAUCUCUGCUUGCUGAUGGAUUGGCUGUUGCUGGACAAGCCAUUAUUGCAAGUGCAUUUGCAAGAAUGGAUUACAACAAGGUCAUUACAUCUGCUUCACGUGUGCUGCAGCUUGGCUUGAUUUUAGGGCUGGUGCUCUCGAUCCUACUGUUUAGUCUACUACCACUGGCUUCAAGGGUAUUUACAAAUGAUAUGAAUGUUCUGCGACUUAUCAGUAUUGGCAUUCCUUAUGUUGCAGCCACUCAACCCAUCAAUGCUCUGGCAUUUGUUUUUGAUGGAGUCAACUAUGGAGCUUCAGACUUCACAUACUCUGCGUACUCAAUGAUUAUGGUGGCAUUGGUGAGCAUUUUUAGCUUAUAUACGUUAUCUUCAAGCCUUGGCUUUACUGGUAUCUGGAUUGCGUUGUCUAUUUACAUGAGUCUAAGGAUAUUUGCAGGCUUUUGGAGGAUUGGCACUGGAUCAGGACCUUGGAGCUUCCUUAAGGAAAACUAUGCACGACUCCAAUAGUUCCAAGCUAUUAAUAAACCACAUCAUGGAGUGCUAGCGGCAGUUAUUACUCCCUUUGUAGGUAGAAGCUGCUCUUUCCAAUGGGAAAUUUUUAUUUGAAAUGAUUUCUUUACUCUCAUAUGAAAUGUGUAUAUAUGUAUAUGAAAGAGAAUGUUUGUCAAGAGUUGAAAUUUUAUGAAAAAGCAAAAAUAU